UAACCACCGCAGUCAUUUGAUCACAUAGAAACAAAAUAAACACACAUACAAAUGAAACUUUGAAGCGCAUUUUCUUAAUAAAUUGCAGGAGUGUAUCGUGUCGGUCACGGUACUAUUUAUAACCAGUUCCAAGAUGACCAACUCGCUCAGUGUAUUAAUAUUAGCCGGUCCAGGCCGGUUCUCACUUUAUAAAAUACAUCAUAAUUAUGCGUUUUAUAAAGCCACAUUCAUGUACGAAUUGUAAGCUAAUCUGCAAACAGAUACCAAUAUCACGACAGUUUUUUUUAAACUUAAUAUAAAAAUGUCCAUCCAUACUACUAAUAGUGUUUUUCAUGACAAAAUGAACUGGCCCAAAACGUUGCAUAAGAUUAUAUAAAAAUGUUGUUUAUAUAUGGAUAUUUUUUAAUGGUUUUCCUCGUUACUGUGCGAAUCAUCGUGUGAGUCUGACGCCUUUGUUGAACGCGGCAAAACAAAAAUGGAAAUAUCUACUGACAAACCUUUAAUCAGUAUGAUCCUAUUUGUGCUCAGAUUGUGCGCGUGUAUUGUGCUGUCUUUAGGACAAAAUCAAGGCGUUGAAUUCCCGCAAUUUGAUAUAAAUUUUAUCCGUGAAUCGAUGACAAAUUUUUCAAUAGAGUUAUUAUAUGCGGCAAAACAACAAGGGGAGCAGAACUUUGUCUUGUCUCCGGUCGCAGCGUGGACAAUGUUGGCCGUGACUGCCGAAGGCGCGUUGGGCAAGACCCGCCAGGAGCUGCUCGUUGCCUUACGGUUCCGCCCUAAUCAGGCGAGUAAGGUGGUCAGGUUCUUCUACCAAGAAAUCACGCGGCAGCUUAUCGUCGACAGAACUACUGCCGAAUAUAAGAAAUUCAACGGAAUAUUCUUGUACAAGGACCAUUUGUUUGGAAUUGAUGAUAGCUUCCGUCAAAUCGCGGAGGAAAUCUAUAAUACAGAAGCAGUUAAUUUAAACUUCGAAAACAAAGCAGCAGCGGCCACCGUCAACCGAGCAGUGUCUUUGACUACCGAAGACAGAAUUCCCACAAUCAUUGAUGAAAGCCAUUUUAAUAAUACUGAACUGAUUAUCACCAGUGCUGUUUAUUUUCAAGGGAAAUGGACUGCACCAUUUAAUGAUUCUACAGUUAAAAGAGAUUUCUUUAACAGAGUUGGAGAAAAGAUAGGCGAAGUUAACAUGAUGUAUAGUAGAUACACAUACCCGUAUGCGAACAUUAGUGGACUUCAAGCAAGUGUGAUCGAGUUGCCUUAUGGUGUUGACAACCAUAUGUCUAUGAUAUUAAUGCUGCCAAACCCUGGUAUCACUCUACAAAAAAUGAUCGCAAACUUCCUUCAAAUAAACUUUAAUACAGUGUUUCAGGAACUAAAAGUCUCUAAAGAGCGUGCUGUUAAAAUAGAAUGUUACAUCCCACGCUUCAGAAUUGUUUCAAAUUUUGGAUUAAAUGAUAUUUUGAAACGGGACAUGGAAAUACACGAACUUUUUGACCGCAAGAAAGCCUUCUUGGGUGGCUUAUCCCGGUGGCCAAUUAGUGGUGUAAAAGUGAUACAUAAAUCAGAAAUCGAUGUUACUGAAGAAGUUGCUGCGCCAAUCUCGUCCGGAAGUAAAACUUCAGAAUUUACAAAUGACAAUACUAUUUUUACAUUUGAAGCCAACAGGCCUUUUAUUUAUUUUGUUGUGGAAAAACACACGAAUACUAUUGUAUUGGAAGGAGUUUACCAACGCCCUAUUUUAUAUUGAGUUGUGAAUAGAAAAGAGUAUCAAAAGAUCGAAA